ACACAUCCAAAGAAGUAUGGGAUACUUUACAUGAGUUAUAUUCAUCCGAACAGAAUCUCUCUUGUAUUUAUCAGAUUUAUCAGAAUAUUUUCUCUUUCCAACAAGAAGAUCGAUCGGUUGAUGAGUACUUUUCCACCUUAAAAGGGAUGUGGGAUGAGUUAAAUGUUUAUCAACCUUUAACCACAGAUUUAAAGGUUCAGCAGAAAUACAGAGAUGAAUUUCGAGUUACCAAAUUCUUGUCCGGGCUAAAUACAGAACUUGCUUCUCUCAGUCCCCAAAUUCUUUCCGGCAAGGAAGUUCCUACUGUUGGUGAGGCUUUUGCUCGUGUUCGAAGGGCUGCUCCUCAGUCUUCUGUUUUAGAGCAUCCAACUCCAUCUGCUCUAGCUGCUCCUGCUACUGGUCUUAUUCCAUCUUCUGGGAAUUUUAGCCACUCUAAUCCUCCCCACAGUCGUAGUGGUUCUUAUGAACGUGGUGGUCGACGUGGCGGCCGUGGUGGUCGUGGCACCAAGAAGUGUACACAUUGCAAUGCAACCAAUCACACUGUUGAGUUCUAUUGGAAGCUUCAUGGCAAGCCGGCUUGGGCUAAUCAGGCUACAUUUGAGGGGGAGCCAUCUGGGUUGGCUCUUCCAGAUCAGAUUACUAUCUCUAGGUCUGAGUAUGAUUCCAUGUUUCACAAGGCUAAUGCAUCUUUGACUUCCAUUGCGACUCAUGUCUCAUCAGGUAAUACUUGCUUUCACUCAUCUUCUCGUACUGGCAGUGCUCCAUGGAUUCUCGAUUCUGGCGCAUCUGAUCAUAUGACAGGAUCUCAAGACGCAGAGGAUGAUUGGUGGGGGGUAUGAGAAGAAUGGUCUGUACUACCUUCAGCCGUCCAAUCCUUCCAAGUUAUCUGCCUUCCACUCCAUUACCACACCUUACCAGUGGCAUUGUCGUCUUGGAC